GGGCCCAGGGUGGAGAGGUGGGGACGCAGGAGGAGGGGCACACAGGACUCGGGCCCAGAGCCGGGGGCGGGUCCGAGGCUAGGGGCCCGGAUCGGGAGCCAAGCGCUGGGACCCAGGCGGCUGCGGAGCCGAGCGCAGCGGGCAGCGGGACCGCCCCAGCCCGGCCGACCAUGAACUCGGGACGCGAGCCCCGAACACCCCGGACACUCUUAAGCAUCGCAGACAUCCUAGCCCCGGGCAUGGUCCCCCGAGCACCCUCUGCACCGCAGCUUCCAGAGUCGGGUCCGGGUCCAACGUCGCCGCUGUGCGCGCUGGAGGAGCUGACUAGUAAAACUUUCCGCGGACUUGACGCGCGCGCUCCGCAGCCCUCUGAAGGGCGGGCAGCCGCGAACGCGUUGGGCCCUGGCCCUGCCAGCCGCAAACGGCGCAAGUCACGCACGGCGUUCACCGCGCAACAGGUGCUGGAGCUGGAGCGGCGCUUCGUCUUCCAGAAGUACUUGGCGCCGUCCGAGCGAGACGGGCUAGCUACGCGACUAGGCCUGGCCAACGCGCAAGUGGUCACUUGGUUCCAGAACCGACGAGCCAAGCUCAAGCGCGACGUGGAGGAGAUGCGCGCCGACGUCGCCUCACUACGUGCGCUGUCCCCCGAAGUCCUGUGCAGCUUAGCACUGCCCGACGGCGCUCCAGAUCCCAGCCUCCGCCUCGGACCCGCCGGCCCUGACUCCCGGCCCCACCAGUCAGACGAGGAGAUACAGGUGGACGAUUGAAGAGAAAGCCUCCGCCAACCCUGGGCUCUGGGGUCCGGGACUCCUCACCUCGUGCUCUGCCUCCUGCGCGAGUUCCAGGGUGGAGGAAGGAGGUCCACUUGGGCCUCUUCCGGCCCACAGUCCAGACGCUCACCUUUCCCGGUUUUUUUUUUUUUUUUUUUUGUAAGUUUGUUUUGUUGUUUGAGACAGGGCCUUGCUCUGUCGCCCAGGCUGGAGUGCCGUGGAGCGAUCACCACUCACUGCAGCCUCGACCUCCUUGGCUCAAGCAAUCUUCCUGCUUCAAUCUCCUGACUAGCUGGGAUUACAAACGUGCAGCCCCACCUCAGCCUAAUUUUAAAAACUUUUUUUUAGAGAGGAGGUCCCGCUAUGUUGUCCAGGCUACCUUUCCCAAUAUUUUAGAAUAAAGUCGAGACUCUGCCGCA